AUGAACACGCCUAUUUCCCUGGAACGGUAUCCGCGCGACGGACCGCCCCAAGUCUGCGGCGCCUUGACGGUCCACCAAGGAGAAGAGGUCUUCACCUGGCGAAUGGGCCAGCGUUACUUUUCGUAUGUGCGGAUGGUAGUCGAAGAUGCCCUGGGCGCCGUUUACAUUGGCAAAUUCAAGCACGAAGUCGGACUGCCGCGCUCCCUGGACGAGCUGGCAGGCAUAAAGAGAAUCUUUGUUGACGAUUACCUCGACCUGAACAUGACACGACCCUAUUUGAUGACGGGCGGCUUAUAUUUUAAAGCGCCGAACCUCUUUGCUUACGCGGAGAACGGCUUCAGGAAGCGGAUGCAGCGGGAGCUUGAUGUGUGCGAGUUCUUGCGAACGAGACCUCACCCCCAUCUCGCGGCCUACUACGGAUAUCAGGAGGAUAGAGACGGGAUCCCUGGACUGUGCUUCAAGCGAUACGAAUGCACGUUGCUGGAAAAGGUCAACCCUCGGCGGCUUGAUCGAAGCUCAUUCCGCAUGAGCAGCCGCAACCUGGUAACAGCGGAUAUGAGAGAGCGGUUGGCGGGGAUUCGGUCGGCCAUCGAGCAUCUCCAUGCGCACGGGAUAGUGCAUAACGACGUCAACCCCACGACUAUCAUGCUAGACGAAAAUGGCACUUUUGUUCUGAUCAGCUUUGGCAGUUGUCGGAACAUCGGGGAGCCCAUGGGUAGACCGAUCGAUGGGAUGAGGCAGGCGUAUGGGUGGCAUGAGAGUUAUGCCAGAACGGCGGUCGAGCAGCACGAUCUCGAUGCGUUUAGGAACUUGGAGGAAUGGCUGGUUGGCCCCCGUCUGGCUCGUGGAAACUGUUUCACCCAGCGCAUCCCCCGUGGCGCCCUCGGGGCGGAGGCGGGUUGCCACUGUUGUGGCCAGUACCAUGCCUAUUAG